UUGUAGCUUAAUGUUAUUAAUAUCACUUGAUGGGUUUAUGUGGAAUUACCUAGAUAUAUUUGGGCUCGAUAAUUUCCCUAACUUUAAGCAUAUAAUUGAAAAUGGUGUCAAGGCAGAAUAUCUUCAAAAUUUAUUUGCAACAAAAACAUUUCCAAACCAUUUUUCAAUUGUUUCAGGACAAUAUGAGGAAAUUCAUGGUAUAGUUCAUAAUAAUAUGUACGACCCCAAAUUAAAGGAAGUAUUCAAAAUGGGAAACACAUUGACAGAAUGGUGGGAUGCUGGUGGGGAGCCUAUAUGGGUAACAAAUCAAAAUUUUAUAACAACCAAUAAUUCCACAUGUUUUCACAAAAGUAAUGUUAUUAUGUGGCCUGGAUGUGAUGUAAAAAUCAAAGGUAUCUAUCCUUCAUUUUACACAAAAUAUAGUAAGAUUACCUUGGACCAAAAAUUUGAUAUGAUUUUAUCUGCGUUUUCUACUCAAAAAGAUAAUAUAAACCUAGGGAUACUUUACCAUAAUCAACCAGAUGAAGCUGGUCACAUGUUUGGCCCAAAAUCACAGGAAGUAUUUAAUGUGAUCAAAGAUUUGGAUCGAAGUUUGGGAUAUCUGAUUGCUCAAAUGAUUAAACUUAAACUAAAUGAUUUAUUAAAUAUUAUUAUAACUAGUGAUCAUGGAAUGACAAAUACCUCAUUUAAUAAAUCAGUUAUUCUUUCUGAUUAUUUUAAUUUAAAAGAUUAUAUUGUUAGUGGGUCAUCACCAGUGUGGAAUAUUUUUUCGAAUAAUACACAAAAAAUAGAUAUGCUCUACAACAAACUAUAUAAAGCUAAUGUUCCUCAAAUGCUAAUUUACAAGAAAAAGGACAUACCCCUAAAAUUUCGAUAUAAAAACAAUGGAAGAAUAGGGGAUUUGAUUCUACUAGGACAGCCUGGUUGGAAUUUGGUAAGAACUAAAACCGAUCUGGAAUUAUUCUUCAAGGGCAAUCACGGUUAUGAUAAUGUCUUCCCGGAUAGCUGGCCCAUAUUUAUAGCCAUCGGACCGGUUUUUAAGAAGGGUUACAAAUCACCUCCGCUAAACAACGUUGAUAUAUACGAGUUGAUGUGCGAGAUAUUGGGCAUAAUCCCUGCUCCUAAUAAUGGCUCUUUGGCGAACAUUAAGCACAUACUUAUCAAUGAUAAGUCCCCCCAUGUCGACUUCUCAAAUGUAGAUGCUAAAUCAGAGACUCUGCUGAAAAUCGACUACUAUCAAUAUACAUCUCCCGAGAACCAAACAUCUGGCAUUUUUAGCCAAGUUACGUCUAAUAGAUUAAAUGGAUUUGGGAAAUUUCACUAUAUACUACUCGUAGGUUCCUUUUUGGCUCUCGUGAUCAUUCUGACUUCCGGUUUUGUCUUGGUUCUUUACAAGUGUUCUCAUCCUAAUUGGAGGAGUAGACACAUGCGUUCCUCUUACUUCAACUAUUAUCAAGCUAACUCUUUAAUCGAUGAUUUGACCCCUAUCGAUAAAGAUAGCGAAUCUUUGGCGGAGGAGAAAAGACCAUUGUGCCAAAAUCAGUACACAACCCGUAUGUCGUGUCCCGUCAUUGGAAUUACUAAUAAAAACAUAAUGGGGAUCUGGAAUAACAGAUUCGAACAAGAAAAAUCGGCACGGCCAAAAUUAGGUGGAAAAAAUAUUUGUUUAGAUACAUCUUGCCAGAACAAUAACAUCAACGAACGUGGCAUUAUUGAUGAUAAUAAUUUAGUGACAUUCGAGGAUAAUGUGACCAAAUCCGUAUCGAGACCUAAAAACGUUCGAUCCUCUAAAGACUCCGAUUUUACCAGUGUACCUAUUUUCGCGUUGCCUUUGCUACAAUAACAUUUUAGUUUAUAUGAUAAUCUCGUCCUUUUAUUAUCUUAUUUUUAUAUAAUAAAAUAUUUUUAUUAAAAAAAUCACAAAAUUAAAAAUAUCGCCGUAAUUUAAAGUAUAUGCAAUUUUUUUCGAGUCAAAUUAUUUAUAUUUACUUACUUUAAAAUAUAUUUAUAUUAUGGGAAAUUUCUAUUUUUUGGGCGAACUUCAUUACUUAACAAUCAACAUCUAUUUUUUAUAAAACGUUUAAUAUCAAUCAAAAAGAAUAUAAUAACAACUUGUCAUCGAUAAAUUAAAAAAAAUAUAUUAUAUAAUUAUUAUUCUUUAUUGUGUUCUUUCCGUUCAUAUUCAAUCGCAAUA